UGAGAGCGCAUGCCAAAUACUUGUGUUUGGUCUGCAUGGAUUUGACAAGAGUCAGCGACGGUGAUGUUUUGACAGUCGGCAUGAACUGAUGAAAAUGCUGCUGAUUUUCAUGUGUUGAGGAUCAUUUGGAAGACAGAUACAUCAAAAAGACAAAAUGAGCAAGUCAAAUAAAGGUGGGGAAUGUGUGAAGGUGGUGGUGAGAUGUCGGCCAAUGAAUGAAAAAGAAACGGCCAGUGGGUUUUCAAGAGUGGUAAAAAUGGAUGUGAACAGAGGCGUGAUAGACAUCAACAAUUCCAAAGGCCCGUCGACAGAGCAACCUAAAACCUUUACAUUUGAUUCCGUGUAUGACUGGAAUUCCAAGCAGAGAGAUCUGUAUGAUGAGACGUUCCAUGACCUGGUGGAGUCGGUCCUGCAGGGGUUCAAUGGUACAAUCUUUGCCUAUGGACAAACUGGAACAGGGAAAACAUUCACAAUGCAAGGUGUCAAGAACGAUCCAGAGUUACGAGGUGUGAUCCCCAACUCUUUUGAACACAUAUUCCAGCAUAUUUCCCGCUCACAGAAUCAACAGUACCUCGUCCGAGCUUCAUAUUUAGAAAUAUAUCAGGAGGAAGUACGGGACUUGUUGUCCAAGGAUCAGUCUAAACGCCUGGAUCUCAAGGAGAGGCCUGAUACUGGUGUUUAUGUUAAGGACCUAUCUUCCUUUGUCACGAAGAGUGUUAAGGAAAUUGAACAUGUGAUGAAUGUUGGGAACCAAAAUAGAUCUGUUGGUGCAACCAAUAUGAAUGAACACAGUUCCCGAUCUCACGCCAUCUUUAUUGUCACUGUUGAAUGCAGUGAGUUGGGAGUUGAUGGCGAGAACCAUAUCCGUGUUGGCAAGUUGAACAUGGUGGAUUUAGCAGGCAGUGAACGUCAGGCCAAGACUGGAGCAACAGGAGAUCGGUUAAAGGAGGCCACCAAAAUCAACCUGUCCCUGUCCGCUCUGGGCAACGUCAUCUCGGCUUUGGUAGAUGGGAAGUGUUCUCAUAUCCCCUACAGAGAUUCCAAGCUGACCAGAUUGUUGCAGGAUUCCCUCGGAGGCAAUGCACGCACUGUAAUGGUGGCCAACAUUGGUCCAGCCAGCUACAACUAUGAUGAAUCUAUCACUACCCUCAGGUAUGCCAACAGGGCAAAGAACAUUAAAAACAUCCCCAAGAUCAACGAAGACCCGAAGGAUGCACUACUGAGGGAGUUUCAGGAGGAGAUUGCCAGAUUGAAGAACCAGCUGGACUCAAAGGGAGGACCAAAGAAGAGAAAGAAAAGGAAAGUGAAAAGAGACAGAAAUGGAGAAAUAAUAGAAGGGAGUGAAGAUGAAGAUGAGGAUGGAGGUGACGAGGAGGACGAUGUGGAGACAUACAUGAAUGCACAACAAGAGAAACUGGAGUCGGAAAAGAAGGCUAUCCUCAACGAUCAGAGCAUCAUGGCAGAGGAGAAAGAGAGAAUACUGCAAGAGAUGAUGGCAAAGGAGGAGAUACUGAAACAAGAGAAGGACCAGACUGACGCCCUCGCUGGCAAGAUCAAGGCUAUGGAGAGCAAGUUGUUGAUGGGAGGGAAGAACAUUGUUGACCACACCAACGAGCAGCAGAGAGCACUGGAGCAGAGGAGACAGGAGAUAGCUGACAGAAAGAAAGUGGAGCGUGAGAUCCAGCAGAAGUUGGAGGAGAAGGAGGAGUCGGCCGAGGAGAUCAAGGGCACUUAUGCCUCCCUGCAGCAAGAGGUCGAUGUCAAGACAAAGAAGCUGAAGAAGCUGUUCGGCAAGCUGCAGCAGACCAAGCAGGAGAUCCAAGACAUGCAAGAGGAACAUGUCAAGGAACGCCAGGAACUGGAACAGACACAGAUGGAACUCACCAGAGAACUCAAACUCAAACUGCUGAUUAUUGAGAACUUCAUCCCACAUGAGGAGAAGAACAAGGUCCUCAACAGAGCUUAUUUUGACGAGGAUGACGACUCGUGGCAUCUGAAACCCAUCACCAACAAGAAUGCCCAGUCAAUGGCAAAACGUCCAGUCUCAGCUCUCGGCAACAGACGACCAGUUUCAGACUUUGCCAAAGUUUCUGCAGCGAUGAAAGGCAACCCACGAUUCAAGGGAGAAAAUAUUCUGGAGAUUGAGAUGGACAUGCCCAACAGGACGACCCGUGACUACGAAGGCCCGACAGUGGCCCCGCGGGUCCAGGCUGCCCUGGAUGCCGCCCUGCAGGACGAGGAUGACCUGGACAUAGAUGGAAGUCCAAGUAUCUUCAGUUCUCGUCCCAAGUCAGGCAAGAGGAGAGAAAAGACUGUUGCAAGACCACGCACAGCCAAGAAGCUUGGCAUCAGUGACCCGAAAUAUCCAACUUCCAGAGGUCUGGUUCCUAAAUGAUGACUUCAGUGCAGAUCAACCAUAACUGUUCUUUCUACAAUUCCAGCUGACAUAUUACCAAUUCCGUUUGUGAGAAUGCCUCUCUGUACCACUUUCAGAAGUAGCAUCAGAACUCCGUAUUCUAGUCUUUGAGUGAGCUGUACACUCUCUACUCUUUCUCCUCCACAAGUCAGCCAUGUGAUUCAUCAUUGUAAGACAGCAUGGUCUUUAUUCUAGCAUUUGCAAUUUAAUCAGCCUAGCUUCUGAAGAUAUUGGUGCAAAAUCAUUACUUUUUAUGCAUUUCCCCUUCCUAGUAGAUCUGUGCCAGUGAUGUAUUUGUAAACAGGACUAUUGUCAUUGACAUACUUAAAUUCUGGAUGUAAUCAUGUAGUUUGAUCUUGUUCUGAGAUGAAACUGUUUCAUGUUUCUAGUUCUUUUGAAAACCCAGUAAAAUGCAGGGAUGGGGCAUUGAGGAACAGAACUUGAACGGGAGAGGUUGAAUCCUCCCAGUGGCACCAAUUAUCUUAUGGUUGAAAGCAGAGCAACAUUUGAAUAGUUCCUGACAUAUCACAAGAACCAAUCAUGGUAGUAAUGGGGUGGUGGGGUAGCCUAGCGGUUAAACCGUCCAGUCGUCACGCCGAAGACCCGGGUUCGAGUCCUACAUGGGUACAAUUUGGGAAGCCUAUUUCUGGUGUUCCCCGCUGUGAUAUUGCUGGAAUAUUGCUAAAAGUGGCGUUACUCGUGGUAGUAUUUGUCUCGAUCAUGUAUGAAGGUGAUAGGAAUACAUGCCGUAACAAAUAGUUAUAGAUAGUUGAAUAUGACUCCAUUUAGACAAUAAUUUCUAUGAAUAUAAUCCAAAUCUGUCAGUCAUGUAUUCAUGGUGGUGAGUUAGCAGGAGAGUCUUAGACAUGGUUUCAAGUUACACUCAUAUCAGCAGUUAGUGAAGCAUCAAUCAGACUACUACAAAACCAACGGGUUAUUUUCAUGUUUUGGGUACAGCCAAGUUUUCUGUGUUACAUUUCAGUGGGUAGAAAUGUUAUGUUUAAAAUAUGUCAUACUUUUGUUUGUAAAUGCCCUGAUAUUUAAUUUUAUAACAUAAAUAGGAUCAGCAAUUAAUGUUUUGUUCAAUGACUGAUGUUACAUUAUGGCUGAACAAACUGUUUGUGACUAAUGUGAUGUGACUAUACGAAAUGGCCAAUGAUGAUAUAUCUGUCAACUUGUUUUAUAAAGUACAAAAGGGAAAAGAAACUCUCAUUUCACAACUCCAAUUCCACAAAACUGUUGACACAGCGCUAAAUGAACAUGGCACUAAUAACAUAAGCUUAUAAGAAAUGAAAAACAUCUUUUUGUCAUUUCUUUCAAGAUCAGUCUAAUUAGUGAAUUGAUUGGAUGCCAUAGUCUUCUUUGUAGACCUGUUGAUUGGAAUGUUUAUUUGCUUAAAGAUAACAGGUGUAACACAAGCAUAAUGUGACCCUACCUCAGUGGAAGUUAGUGUAAAGGUUAGUGAUUCUUCAACAUGUUCUCAAAAUGUCCUACUUUCAGUGUUGCUGAGCUGCUUAGAUAUAAUUGCCAGAAAUAUUUGUUGCAUUCAACCUUGGCUAAAACAUACCCGUUAAUAGUUACAAAAUGUAUAUAGGUCACAGCAACAGAUUGCCCUAUUGUAAAUGGCCUGGGGGGUUAUAUUGUGAGUAUCGUAUAUGAUAUGAACUCCACAAUACCAUGGAUUGGUAAUAUCCAGAGUUGCCUGCACUUGUUGUCAUGGCUACGUGUACAUAUUAGCUCAGGAGUAUCUUGUCAGUGAUGUAAAUUUUGUGGAUAUUUGAUGUACAAUGAUUAUCAGUGUUAAGCACAUUAAAUCUGUGAAGAAUGUUUCUUCAUGGUAAACAGUUAUAAAUUUGCACCAUUCACAAGCAUUAUAAUCAAUGCCUCAGUGCAAAUAUGUGUUUCAUAUUCUAGCUCUCUUUCCACACACUGUUUAAAGGUCUUCACUAGAAUUUUUCAGUGAAACGGUAGUAACAGUUGUGUGUGUUCAAAUCAAAUCCUUCACAAAAUUAGCUAGUUACGUCGCUCAACCUAAUUAAUUUCUCAUUAGUCAUUCCAUUUGUAUGCAAAAUAUUUAUUUUUCAAGCUUUUUUACCAUCACUCAAGAGAUUUCCUUAUUUUAGUAUAUUUAUUUGUCCUACACAAGGCACAUGUUAUCAACGCUGUGCAUAUGUAUGUAAUUCUGUGGAAGGGGGAGAAAUGGAAGGUUAAACCAUUUCAGUAAUAUAUGUGAAAUAAUUACCUAUUUAUAAAAUAUUAUUAAUUGUGUUGAUACAUUCAGGAUAGCUGUCAUGCUGAAUAACAGUAUGUUAUAGACAACUUUACUGACACGUGGAAUAAUAUUCUGUUAUUGACAUUUCGAUUGACACAUGUAUGAAUAACGUUCGGUUAUCGAAAACGUGAUUGACACAUGUACAAAUAACAUUCUGCAUGUACAUUUCACAGUGCUAUGAGUUUUUUGUUGACUAGGUGUUAUGUGAUCAGUGAGUUAUCAUUGAUGUUUUACUUGCACUAUUCACAUUGUCAGUAAACAAUAUUAUUUUCUUUAUCAGGAUUUCUUUAAUAUUCUAAAACACAAAAGCAUACACAUUGUGUUUCUUAAACCACUAGACAGAAGCCCACUUUUCUUGUGGUUAAUGUAUAGUUCAGACAUCCCAAGAUGUUUGUUUGCAUUGCAUAUUCUUUGCGCUGUCAUAAUAUCGUCUUUACCUUGAUGGUUGGUGUUGACAAUGACUAAGUAUUAUUUGCAUUCUUGAGACAUACAUAGUAGACUUGGAUGUAUUGCUGCUAUUAUGUAUUUGAUAGUGUAUUGCUGUGUGUUUUGUUUGUCAAUGUUAUUUUAUGUUUUGAGUGAAUUAAUUUGCGAAGAAAAGAUUUAUUUCACAAGUUGCAAAAAUAUUGAGAUAAUUCGGUUUUCUAGAUAAUUUUUCAUCAGAUGAAUUUUGCAUAAUUUUCUAAAUAACUUUAAUUAUCACCAUGAACUUCUGUAAAAGUCGCUGAAAAUAAAGUCUACAGGUAGAAAUAUUCCACAUCCAAAGAAACCCAUUUAUUAUUUGAGAUUUUUAUUGCACUAUAAAUUAUUUCUUGUAGAGACGAAAUAGAUCUUACCUUUGCUCUUAUAAAUUUUGUUUAGAUGCUUUUGCAUUUCUCUUACUGUUUCAUCUCGGUUUGAUUAUUCCGUCCAUAUGUUUACUGCAUUAUUAUAUGUUUACACUUUUCAUGUGUUACCAAGGUUACUAUUUAUAUAUUAUUUAUGAAUAAAUUUGUAACAAAAUAGUUUAACGUCCACAUGUGAACAUUUUAGGAAUGCCUUUUAUGUGAGCUUCAUAUCUCAGUCUACUGUGAAAAUAAAACAAUAUGAACACUGUGA